UCUGCAGAGCUGGGAGCUCCGCGGUUCUGCAGCCGAGCUCGCCCUGUGACAGCAGCACUCUGGCGCAGACUCCUUCGCCACAUUUCUCCUGCCUUCUUCACCGUCACCACCCGCACCCCACUGCAUCAUCCCCCGUGGACGCACGUCGGCGUGGCCUCGUCUAGAAUGGGGAACCGGGACGAUGAGUACGAUUUCUUGUUCAAAGUUGUGUUAAUCGGGGACUCGGGCGUCGGCAAGAGCAACCUGCUCUCUCGAUUCACACGGAACGAGUUCAACCUGGAGAGCAAAAGCACCAUCGGCGUGGAGUUUGCCACGCGCAGCAUCCAGGUGGACGGCAAGACGAUAAAGGCCCAGAUCUGGGACACAGCGGGACAGGAACGCUACCGAGCCAUCACCUCGGCUUACUACAGGGGAGCAGUGGGGGCGCUCCUGGUCUACGACAUCGCCAAGCACCUGACCUACGAGAACGUGGAGCGCUGGCUGAAGGAGCUGAGGGACCACGCUGACAACAACAUCGUCAUCAUGCUGGUGGGCAACAAAAGCGACCUGCGCCACCUCAGGGCCGUGCCCACGGACGAGGCCCGCGCCUUCGCAGAGAAGAACAACUUGUCAUUCAUAGAAACUUCCGCCUUGGACUCCACAAACGUUGAAGAGGCCUUCAAGAACAUCCUCACAGAAAUCUACCGCAUCGUGUCGCAGAAACAGAUCGCGGAGCGAUCGGCUCACGACGAGUCCCCGGGGAACAACGUGGUGGACAUCAGCGUACCCCCCACCACGGACGGCCAGAGGGGGGGCAAGCUGCAGUGCUGCCAGAACCUGUAGCCCCAUUCCCACUGUUGGUGAUGCCACAGAAGGAAUUGAUUCCAAGUAGUAAUCUGACCCAGUAUCAGCCCACGAGGGAGUGCAAAAACACGAGUACCUGACUCAGCAAGGAUGGUGUCGUAAAGUCGCCGGUCCAGUCGCACCAGCACUCCUGUUCUUGGACUCCACUUCCUGUUCUUGGACUCCACUUCCUGUUCAGUCAUCUCAACGAGUGGUAGUAAUGCUGCUGAUGCUUAUUUCCUGUAAAAUAUAUUCCUUUUUUUCUUUGUUUUGGUUAUUGUUUUGAUAGCGUGUCUGCACACAUACAUUAUAUUAAUGCCAUGAAAAUAAAUUUUACAGUAUUAUGA